CCUCUCUUGGCCAUGGACAAUGGCAACAGAAGUUACACGCAUCAAUAUCCUACUGGCGAGCUUGUGCCUUUCGCGCCGAACACGAUAGUCACUCCGGAGGACUACAGGAAGAAUCUCGAGCGCCUUCAGAAGAUGAAGGACGCGCUCAAUUUCUACGAGGAGCAGAACAACCAUGGCCUACAACGGUUUUAUGCAGAGCGACAGGCACUGGAGGCCAGUGUCGAGCAGGGGAGGCUUGCGGCUCAGCGACUCGCCGAGCUCAACGCUGCGCCAGCACUUGACGCGUAUCCCGCCCCGCCUGUCCCUAUAGCAGGCCCAUCAAAUGGAGUCCCUCCGCCGCUCCUUCCCUCGUAUCAAGCGGGACCUCAAACUUUCAAUGAGGUCGAGGUGCCUACAAGUGCGCGCAUUGUGGAGAUUACUAGUCCACAAUUAGACAGUCACGCGGAGAGCGGCCCUUCGAGGGCUAACAGGUACUACCGAGCCGAAGCGAAUUACAACGGGAGCGAACCGCAUCAGAGACCUAUGCAGCAACCGCAAAGGUUCCAUCCGCACCAAUACACGAAUGCCGUACCUCGUGCGAGUACAAGUACAAGUGCAAGCACGAGCAACCCUCGGGUAUUCACGGCGCCGAUCUCAAAUGCUCAUCAAAUGUCAUACGAAGCUGCUGCCUUGCGCCAGAAUACCUCAAAUGCUAUGUACGACAGCCGCGGUAUCCCUCAGGUUCCACAACCCGCAUACGUCCCUUAUGCGCCACCGUUGUAUACCGCACCUCCAUCUGCGCCACAACUUGCUCUCUCGCAGGACACUUCAAGGCAGACGCAGGCAAGUCAGGCUCCCCAGGCGAGCUACCAGCCUAGGUAUGGCACGAGUACUGCUUCUUCCCUGGACGGUGCUUUGGGCGCCGGUUCAGGUCCAGCUCCUCAGAGCGUACCUCAUGCCAAAGUCACGUACUCUAGCAGAGCAAACCAGUCCGCUCCGGAAGCCCCUCGGCCAUCAAAUCCUCCUCAGCAAAGUGACAACACCUAUCAAGAGCAGCAACUAUUCGCCUUCUUUCGGAGCCUGAAGCCGGUAAUUGUGCAACAGCUGAUGGUCCAGGUUUUGACCAUUGUAGCACGAAUGCAGAGCGGGAGGCCAAAAACCGCUGCUGAGGAGGAAGUCGAUAAUUCAUUGGACGUGAAGAUGCGACAAGCCUCGGAAGUCAUUGCUGGGAAACUGAAGCAAUACUCUGUGGUUGAGAUCAAGAAGAUCUUUGUAAAGUACUUGAAUAUCUCCAAAACUGGGCGUGAGCAGGCAGAGAUGUAUUCUGCAAACAUCCGAGACGCGGCACAAGCUGAACAAGCUGCCGCUGCUCAGCCUACGGCCAGUACGUCAGCCCAACCUGCGCAAAAUGCAGCUGCACCACAAACAGCUACCGCUUCAAAUACGGCUCAACCUCGCCCGGAUCCCCCCUUCUCGUCCGCCUCGUCCGCGUCAACCUCGACGGCCAUCCCUUCCACCUCCUCUACAACAGCCAUUCCCUCCACUUCAUCCGCGCCCGCGGGCACUGCCUCAUCGUCCUCAGCCUCGCAGACCUCUGGGACACGGAUAGUUGCUGCGUCCGACCACCCUCAACUGCAGUGGUACGUGCCAAAGGACCCAAGUGCACCGAUAGCCUACCGCGACGGUACCGGCAAAAUCUGCUACGUCUUUCGGCCUCAGCAGCCACCCGCCCCAAUCAAUGCAACCUCCAUCUCUACCACCACGCCAGCCAUGCCGUCGUUCGUCCACCCUCCUUCGGACCAGCAAGCUCAGGUGCCCCAGAUGACGACGGUCGAGCUUCCCGGGACACCAGAGCCAGUUGAGAUCCAUCCGCCUAGCUCGUGGUCCCCUGAAAAUGCGGAUCGGAGCAGACUGGCGCAGGACAUCAUGCGGUCGUUGGGACGGCCGAGGGGCUCCUUUGGUGAACCCCUUGGCUCGGCAUCUGCGUCGCCAGUGUUGCCCACCUCGAAUGGUCAGCCCUUCGCGAACGGGAAGCGGAAGUCACCUCCUUCGCCGCGGCCGUCUACGCCCUUGAAGAAACAUCGAGCAGAGGAGCCGGACGAUGCCACCAUCACGUUCGCCAUACCGCCCGCCGAUGUCAUCGACCUUACUUCGUCGACUCCGGAGGAGGGAACGCCGGUUGAGCCAAUGCGCACAACUCCAGAACCCGAGGCUGUUGACACUGUCGCCGAGCCUGCGAGGGACCCAUCUGAGGACCUCGGUGACGGUGUCGUUGCGUUACCGCCCUUGGAACGGGAGACAAGUGUUGUCUCCUCUGAGAGCAUAGACGUGGACAAGGUGCAGGCGAUGUUCUCCGAACUUGCCGGUGCAAGUUCCGGGGCGUCAGACCCACCUUCGUCGGUGAAGUCGCCUUCGCCCCCUCAAGCCUCAGAAAUGGUCGACCUUCCGUCACUUGACGAAGCGCUUUUCGCGGCGGACUCCACGGAAACGGUGAACACGCCCUUUGAAGCGUCGACAUCGUUCCAGCCUGCUUCGGACUCGGAACGGACAACUUCUCCCGCCCGUUCAAACAAGGUGCCCCUCUUCCUCCCCUCUCCAUCAAGCUCUCCGGUUGCGUCCGGUUCCUCACGUGGAGCAUCGCAACCUGCAUUGGACGACGACAUGCUAUCGGACAGCGAGGCCGCACCACGACCGUUGUAUGGGCAUAGGAAUAUGGGCAAGGGCAAGGCGAGGCAACACAGCGUCGACAUCGACUUGACAACCUCGCCCGGCUCCGGGUCCCAUAGGUCGCCACGGAAGAGCGAAGUGUUCAUCGAGGUGCCCCCAUUACCGCGGUAUGCACGACAGCUGAGGGAGGCAGUCCAGGGUCUCACCACCGCGAGCGGGAGUACAAGCGACAGACUAACGGGGCCCGGUGUGCAGGGUACGUACGGCUGCCAAUGGCAGAACUGUACCCUCAAAUUCACGCAAGAGGCGAAGCUCGCACAACACCUCCGAAAACACGGCAGACUGCCGCUGCCCUGUACAUAUGACGGCUGCGAAAAGACGUACAACACUGCGGAGGCGCUAUUAGCUCACCACAAGUCGAGCCGGCACCGCACCGGGACGCUUCGUGCGAGCACAGCGCCGUUCCCGCUCGCGGAGAACCAGCGUCCACUGUCACCGUUGCCUGAUGCGCUGCCUGCGUACAUGUCCAUCCCGCGGCGGGUCUCACGACACCCUAUCUCGAAGGAGCGGCAUCAGUGGCUCGGCCCGAAGGUGCUCGAGAACAUCACCGCGUUCAAAUACAGCGGCGGGCGGUCAAACGCGGCGCUGCCCCCGCGUGGUUCGCGCCGCCUCGCGGAGAAGGUCGCGGCCGCGGAGCUCGCAGACGUCUCGCCCGAGGCUGCCCUGGAGCAGAUCAAGCGCUGGAUGGACGACGAGUAUCUCGCGUUCGCGGACGGGUACGACGCGGCGCGCCGGCCGGGGCUGCGGUGUGCGGACGUGCCCUCGCAAGAGGUCACGCAGCUCGUCGACGCGGGCCUCGUGCUCUGGCCGGGCGAAGACGAUCAGAAGGCAGAGGCGCGUGCGCGUGCGCGCGCUCCCAGCGGCGGUCCAGAAGAGCGAGAAGGUCGGGAUAAAACCGGGCGCGCCGACAAAGACGCGAGUCCGCCGACGGCGCAGAGCUCGGGCGCGUCUGGGGAUGAUGGUGGUGGCGCGGACGACAGCGAAGACUCGGGGGUGGAUCAGCUCGCGGACGACGUCAGUGAUGGACAGCUCGAGGAGGGCGGAACGGGAACAGGAACAGGCCGUCGGGCUGGAGGAGGACGGAAAGAUGCCGGCGGGAUGGUCAAACUGAAACUCAAGCUUCCCAGACGAUCGAAGGUCGGCGUCGAUGCGUCUGAGGGCCCUGCCCCUGGGGUCGCCGUGGCCACCGCACCGGGGGUCAAACGCGAAGAUGAGGAAGAGAGCUCGAGGCCGUCGCCCGAUGGUGGCGUCGACCUUGAGGGUGUCGACGUCGGGAACGUCGACGUCGGGGGCGGGAUUGCACCGCAGAGCAGCCCGUCGCAUGCGCAGCAGCACAUUCCAUGGCCUAUCUGGCCCCCACCGCCGAUGCCCCCGCCGCACCCGAACAUCUACGCGACCCACAGCAUGCAGUCUCUCCCGAGCCCCGGCUACAUCUCCGCCCGCUCCGCCGAGGUCAUCCUCUCCGACGUCCGCCCGAUUAAGCUCAAACUCGAGGCCCUCCAGUCCAUUAAUGUCUUGCUCGAUGAGUUCCUCUACAGCAUUCUCAGCCUCUCGCGCUCCCUCGCAACCGACAAGCUCAAGGGCGCGUUGCUCAAGGUCCUGCCGACCUCCCUUGGGAAGGAGGCGCUCUUGGAGGCAGAGGUAGAGCUCAAGGCGUACUGGGAGCGCACCACGUCCGCUCGCUCGCCGGCCUCUGCACGCAAUGCAGACAGCUCUCAGUACGACCUGCAGUGGUCCUUUGAGCUGCUCCGUCUCAAGUGCGAAGCCUAUUCGACAAUGAACGACUCCGACGAAGAUGCCGAAGCAGAGCGACGUCUCCAGCAGCGGAUGGAGGCUGCUGGCUCCUCAUCUCCGCCCAACCCGUCUCUACUGGCCCCGGCUGCGCUGUAUCUCACGGCUAUCUUGGAGGCGAUUUGCGAACAUGUGCUUUCAAACGUAAGUCGCGUCGCAGCGCGAGACAGCGGGCGGACACUUGCCACGAUCCAGGACCUAUUCACUGCGCUUGGGGAGGACGACGCGCUGUACGGAACACUCAAGUCGAUGAAAGCUUACGAACAGAUCGAGUCCCUGUCCAAGGCCCAGCGUCCACGCAGAAGCAAGUCGUUUUCCAGGAGCACAGACAAGGCUAUCUCCCGCACGUCCACGUCGUCCCCGACGCCGUCCAAGGCCCGCAUGUCGACGGACUCGACGCGCUCGAACGCGCCGACGAUGGUAGAAUCACGCAGGACGUCUGUGGAGAAAGUCAAAGCCGCGAAGAUUUUCCACAGCCGGAGUCUAAGCGAUCGCGAACGGCCAGAGCCGGCACUCGCCGGCCCUUUAGCGCGAUCACAGAGCGAAAUUGGUAUCAACCGCGAGUUCGCAGAGUUCGAGGCGAGUUUUACCCCUUGCGAGGACGAGGAGCUCCAGCAGGAGUUUGACGAGCUCAUGCGUUCUGGUGCGACCAUGAAGGUCUCGCUCACUCCCGACAGGCUCAAGAGCAUGGAGGUAUACAAGCAGGAAAGGACCGAGCGCGUAAACCGGAGGGCGGGGCAGGAUCCAGAAAAGGCUUCGAGUGGUGGCGCGACAGCGGGGGACCCUAAACCACGGGUCAACGGUGGUCGGCCACCUCUGCGCCACGUGGACUCAAUCAUCGAGGACGAGGAGGAGGCCGGCAGCUCGAACCACGCCUCUUCCGCCGCCGCCGCCCUCCAGAGCAACGCUGCCGCUGCCCGCAUGCGCAACACCUCCUUCACGGCCCAGCCGAGCCCAAUGAUGGUGCGUGCCGCCGAGCAGCGCCUGCGCUCCAUUUCUAUCUCGAACGUGCCCCACCCGCGCCAUGAAGAUGGGAUCACCCGGAAAACGAGCACGAAGUCCAAGAGCAAGCCGGGCGCGCAGAACGCGAUGCCGCCGCCGCUGGGCCAGGGGGUCGCAAAGAAGACGCGGAGGAUGGGGAGGAACAGGGAGUCGCUGGACCUGGACGAUAUCAUGAACGGGUCGGACAACGACGAAGCCCUCGCCGAGGCGGAGGUUCCGCAGCCCGCCCCCGUACCCAUCCCGACGCCCAUGCGCAGCCCCAGCACUCCCCGUCGCGAGGCGGUCCCCUCUUCCCCUCGAACACCACACGUCUCGAGGGCGGCGCAGGACCUUAUCGCGUUCUUGGAGGCAGGCCCGCCAGAGGAGCCGGCGUACAACCCAAGCAUGAAUGCAAGCGUGAUCUCGUUCGAGUCGUCAAAGACGCGUUCGGGGCGGCUGCAGCGCAUGAUGUCGCGCCUCACGCUAGGAGGAUCGAAGGAGAGUCUGAACGGGAGCAUUCCGGAGGAGCCGCGGGGUCUGUCGCGCAAGGCAUCGUCGAGAGGGAUUGGCAUGACUUCGCCCCCACCGUCGUACAAGCCGUCGUCGCUCGCGUCGAAGAGGUCAAUGACCGACGUUGCAGUCCCGCACCACUACCCCAACGUCAUCGUCGCGACCCCUCCGCCGAGGCCAGUGCUGCAGACCGCAGCCGCCAUCCUUGCGGAGCCGCCGUCCACGUCCUCGUCGCACACCUCGCGGGAGGACGUCUCGUCCCAGACUCCGAGCCUCACGCGGCGGACGACGCGCAAGGCCGUGCCUACGUUCGAGGACUCGGCCAUUUCCCCCUCCAGCUCUGUUGCGCAUGAUGACGGCAGGUCGCCCGUUAACGUUAACGGACAUCGCAACAGUGCCAGGGACCCAGACCGCGCCUCGACGCCCUCGUCCACUACGGUCAGAAAGCCGGUUGCGCUCAACGGCCACCCCGUGAAGAUUGAUACCUCCGAGGGCUCGCUGCACCCCCACAGCAUCACCUCCCCCGCCUCCGAACGCAAAUCCCUGCGUAGCCACUCCAAGGCCGAGAGCGGUUAUGCGUCGCGUUCGGCGUCGCGCAGCCCUGUUACACCUUCCGAGCCGCUCCCGUCCGCACCUGCUGCCCCCGCCAUCCCGCCAUCAGACGUUGACGAUUUGCGCCGUCUGAUGGGCUCGGCGACGAACGCCGACGAGUGCCGCUUACUGGUGGACAUGUUCCUCGCCAAGAACGGCCUCGCGUCAAAGACGCUCGCCGCAAGCGAGCCCGCGGUGCCGCAGUCCCCCGUGGUGUCGCUCGAGGAGGCGCUCGCGCUAGCAACGGCGGGCAACGACGACAUAGAGCGCGGGUUAGUGGCACUGUUCUUGGGCGGCGGCGCGGGGCGAGUUGACUCGAGCCAAACUUCUUUGCAGGUGGGCGAUGGUGACGGGGAGCCCGCGUCCGAGUCUGAACCUGCCGGUAUCGCUCCCGCUCCCGGUACGGAUGUCGCUGUCGAUGGACGGCCGUCCUUUCGAUCCCGCGAUGCUCCCUAGAAUGAGCAUCGACCCGCACAUCGUAAGCUUAUAUCGUAUAUACCUCAGCGGCCUCGGGUUGGAUACGAGUUCGUAGCGCGUCUGUCUGGAUUCUGGGCCGGGCGUCCGCAGUUGUUGUGUGUUCCGUGUCUGGCUACCUCUCUCGUCCCCAUCCCCAUCCUCUCCUCUUCCGUGUAACCCUGGCGCUCCCGCGCUCUCUCUCGACCUAGUCCCGCUGUCCCACCAACGCUACCCCACUUUACCCUCUCUUUAUUCGUGUCCUAUACCUGUUCUCGGCGUCUGGUAUGCACCCUACCCUUCCGACCCUCCUAUGCGGCUUUUCCCUCUCGUUAUCUACUCACCGUAGUUUUGUCGCCCCUUUCGCACGUCCCCUUCGUUUCAGUCCAUACGGCAAUAUAAUGUAAUCGCCUCCUCAC